AUCCGUGGUACCCUCGCACUUCUAACAAGCCAAAGUUUGCAGAUAUGGAAUCCUCAACCAACCCUCUCAAGGACGCGGGAGUCCCCCAGCAUAUACUCUCUCUUUUAGAUCGCCUACAUGCCGCAUCGAUCGAACAGGAAAGUCACCUAGAUAUCACCGCUUUCGCGCCAGACCAGGUCCAUGAUGCUACCCGUGAAGCCUUCAUCGCGUUAGACCAGGAUAAAUGCCACUUUGUUUACCAAUUAGCCCGUGCCAUAAAUGCCAAAAACAUCGUUGAGGCAGGCACGAGUUUCGGUGUCAGCACCAUCUACCUUGGUUUGGCUGUGAGCGCAAACGUGCAAGCCUCUGGUGGAACAGGUACUGUUAUUGGAACAGAGCACGAGCCCUCGAAGGCAGAGCAGGCUCGCAAGUACUGGGAUGAGGCUGGAGAUUUGGUGUUAAAGCACAUUGACUUGCGUGUGGGAGAUCUGCGGCAAACAUUGAAGGACAACAUUCCCACCAUCGACAUGCUCCUUUUGGAUAUAUGGGCACCCAUGACUCUCCCAGCUCUAAAGCUGAUUCAGCCACAUCUCCGCCACGGUGCAGUUCUCAUCAUUGAUAACACUAUCAGCUCUGCGGGUCGCUAUAAGGAUCUGUUGGAAUAUCUGCGCCGGGCAGAUAGUGGGUUCCUGAACUUAACUAUGCCUUAUUCGAAGGGUUUGGAAUUAUGUGUUUAUACACCUCAGUCCUAGAUUAGCUCUAGAAUGGUUGCAUUGUGUAUAAAGAAAUUAGCACACUAUUCUAUUCUGUUCGGCUUAACAAUCUAUCUGAUUAGUCCUGUUUUCUGAGACACUUGAGAAACGCGUUGUCCCAAGGUAGAUAGCAAAUUGAACGCUCGAACAUCAAUCAAGAGCGAAUCUCGAUGCUUGUA